UGAAUCCUACUCACCCGCUUCACUGGGACCCACACCCCACCAACCCCAGACCGGGUCAGACCCCGGUCCUAUUUCCCAAUCACAACGCCGGUCCGACCGUAAUUCGACCUUCUAUAUAUCACCUUCCCCCUUCUUUUGCAGGACUAGGGAAAACCCAAUAACCCAUAAUUCUAGAGAGAGUGAGAAAAAAAAAAAAACUUGAAUUCAGAAAGAGAAAAUGAUGACGGAAACUGAUGAAUCUAACGCAAAGCAACUAUCCGGGCAUCAGGAGAUUGGGCAUAAGAGUCUUCUGCAAAGCGAUGCUCUCUUCCAGUAUAUUCUGGAGACUAGCGUGUAUCCGAGAGAACACGAGGCCAUGAAAGAGCUCAGAGAAAUAACUGCAAAGCACCCAUGGAAUGUCAUGGCGACAUCUGCUGAUGAAGGGCAGUUUCUGAGCAUGUUGUUGAAGCUUAUUAAUGCAAAAAACACAAUGGAAAUUGGUGUCUACACUGGCUACUCUCUCUUGGCUACUGCCCUCGCCCUUCCCGAAGAUGGAAAGAUAUUGGCUAUGGACAUUAACAGAGAGAACUACGAGUUGGGUUUGCCGGUAAUUGAGAAAGCUGGCGUGGCACACAAAAUUGAUUUCAGAGAAGGCCCUGCUUUGCCUAUUCUUGAUGAAAUGGUUAAAGACAGCACGAAGCAUGGCACGUUUGAUUUCAUAUUUGUGGAUGCUGACAAGGACAAUUACCUGAACUACCACAAGAGGCUGAUAGAACUGGUUAAGGUUGGGGGUGUGAUCGGAUACGACAACACCCUAUGGAACGGCGCCGUGGUGGCCCCACCAGACGCUCCGCUGAAGAACUACAUUAGGUACUACAGGGAUUUCGUGCUGGAGCUCAACAAGGUUCUCGCUGCUGAUCACAGGAUCGAGAUUUGCCAGCUGCCUGUGGGCGAUGGGGUUACCCUCUGCCGCCGUAUCACCUGAUGCCGCCUCCUUCAAUUUCAAACUCAAUCAUCUAUCAUCUAUUGUUGUCUUAAAUUUAAAUAAAAAUUAGAACUACUAUAUUCGAUUUAGUGCAUCAUAUGAUUCAUGCUCAAAUAUUACUACUGUUACUUUCCCCAUAUUCAAUAUGAAAUAUUCUCUCCGUUCCA